GGAAGGUUAUAAGAGAUUUGUAUUUUUUUUAAAUUGUGUACUCUUUUUAUAUAGCUUAGUUUAGUUUAAUUCUUAUAAAAUGAUGUCCAGCGCAAUGAGACAGCUUGAGGAGAGGCAUAUGGCUUCAAAAAUAGAACUUAUGGUUUGGUCGAAUAAAAUGGAUUUACUUGCAUUAUCUAACGUUAAAGGUGAAGUUACACUUCAUAGACUUAGUUGGCAAAGAGUUUGGACUCUUUCUCCUCCUGGGGAGGAUAUUUCUGUUAAUGGGAUUGCAUGGAGACCAGAUGGCCAGGUGAUUGCCAUUGGAUACAGCAAUGGAAUUGUGCUCAUUGUUGAUGUAGAAAAUAAGGAUAUUGUUCAUAAAAACAAUUAUUCAACCAGUGAGAAUGAAAGUUGUUCAAUAUCUUCAAUAUGCUGGCUUGAAGAAAAGAGUUCACUUACGGGUACUAACUGCAGUAACCUCAUACAGGAGAAUGCUGCUGAUUUCUUACCCCGCCUUCCUCCUAUUUCAAGAACUUUUGGAUCCAUCAAUGAAGAAUCAAAUGAAAAUCUUGAAGAUACUAAGAAGGUAUCCUGCCAGAAGGAACUGAAUUUUCUAGUUGUAGGAUUUACUAGUGGUAAAUUGUUUGUUACUGUAUUUGGGUUGUUUGAGUGCGGUAUUAUUCAUCUUCCCGAUGAUCUCAAGUCAAAUGCCAUUCCAGUUGCUGUGGAAAUUUCUGCUGAUUUAAAAAAUAUAUUUGUGCUUGUUAGCAACGGAAACUGUUUAAAAUUGAUUGUCUAUGAUAGCUAUGUUUUGAACUCAUAUUGUAAAGAAAUAUAUGCCUUGGCUUACAAGCAUGGUCAGAUAAUGAGCUUAAUGGACUAUCUAGAUAAUACCAUGCAUGCUGUCUGUGAAGCUUAUGAAAAUAUUUUACUUCUUGAUAUGGAGUCGAAACUAUCUCAUUAUGCUGACUCUAUGCCUGAGGGCACUGUAUCAGCAGAUUUUUUGGAAUUGCUUAUGUUCGGCCACAUGACAGAUUCUUUGGAAUCCUUCCUUUUGCACGAUCUCACUGACAAAGGAAUCAAGAAACUAAGACACUCUAUAGAACUUAGCCAUUCCAACAUUCAAAAACUUGUACUGAAGCAUGUUCAAGCAGUUGGACAAAGCAUAGCGUUUCAUCUUUCCGAAUUAAAAGGUAUGGCUCGUUAUACAGAACGCUUCCAAGUUCUUGGUGUAGAUGAGCCAAUGGUCACAAAAAGCUUUUCAGAGGUCGGCUCUUUCCUGGUUAAAGCCAAUGAGGUUCUCUUAGUUAUCGAUGAAUCAAUGAAGAAGUAUAAAGCUUUAUUUAAAUGGUUAUAUGAUGUAAUCCUUAGAAUAUCUGAUGACCGAAUGCCCGACAUGCAAGUGCCUGGUAUAAAUGAACAAGACACUAGGUUUAUAGCGGAUUACUUAUAUAAUUUAGAAGGUUAUAAUGCCAAAUCUAGUAAGAAGCAUUGCUUUCUUGAUCAUCUAGGGCAGUACAUCAAUGAUGAAGAGUUGACACAUACUUUAAGCCCUGAACUAAACCUUUGGGAAGUAUUUUUAAAAGAUAACCCUUGCAUUGCUGCCAAUCAAGCAAUCAUUCCUCGACAUGAUAAAUUAUCUUUGACUCAACAGCACAACAAACUUAAGCAGGUUCUAAAAGAUGCUUUUAGCAAUCCACAAAAAGCGAUUGGAUCCAAAAUUUCUGUAGCCUCUGUCACUAAUUUAAUGGGUGUAUCUUGCCUUCCAAAAGUCUCUAUUACUCAUUUGUUUGAAAAGGAUAAACUUAUUCUUGUGUUUUUACCUCAUUUAAAUACAACUAGUUAUGUAUAUAUGGAUAUUAUCGUUCAGGAAGGAAACAUAUCUAAAUCAAGUAUCUACUUCAAGUCUCAAGACAUCAAUACCGGUUAUACAGUUGUCGAUUUGCAGAUUUACAACAAGGACACCAUAUCAGUGCUUCUACAACAGCCUGGUGAAUCAAGAAAUUCUGUCUUCGUACAGAUGUCUAUGAGGAAAAUACAAGAGUCAGCGACUCCUGCUGAUGUUGAAAACUUUGUGGAUGGAAUAACACUGGUAGAACCGGGAGCACUGAGAGUCAUUGAAAAUAUGGUAGCCUGCAGGCUGGCUGUCAGCGGGACCCGGCGAGUCGCAGUCAUGCUUUCAGAAAACAUGCACAAAGUCAGGACUUACGAAAUGGAAGUUGAAGAGGAUGAAGAAGAGGAGGACAUGGAAACAACAAGAGAAAGUGAUAGCAGCUCGUUACAUCAAAGUAUUUAGUAACAAGUUUUCUCUUAGUUGUACAUUGUGUAUAUAUUUUCAGAAGUUAUUUUUAUUUAUUUUUUUGUUUACUUUAUCAGUGUUUUCUUUGUUAUUUAAUAAUAUAAUGGAAAUUUUUUUAAAAUUUAUUCAAUGGUUUUAUAUUGGU